UGUGUGCAAGUAACUUAUUAUAAAGAAAAUAUUAAAAGCCACAGCCAAUCAAGAUGGCAGCAGUAGACAUUAUAACUAAUUAUCCAAGGGAACAAAUUUUAAAGAACCCAAAAAAGCUUCUAGCAAAACCUACGCAGAUGGAAGUUGAGGAUGAAAGCAAAUCUCAUGAAGGACUGCAAAUGUACUAUCAAACAAAAAUUGAAGAGGCACAAAUGGAAGUUGCAGAUAAAGUGAAAAAUUUAAGACGAUUAGAGGCACAACGAAAUGAAUUAAAUGCUAAAGGUAAAACUAUGAAUAAAUGUAAAAUAGUACAAGUUAUAAAAUACCUUACUACCUAAAUUGUGAUUUCGGCU